AUGGCAGGGGGAGAUUUACACAAAAUGGAGAGCUCACUUGGUGUUCUAACGCAGUAUCUAGACGGCCAAGGCGACGAAACCAAACCACGAGCCGCCGAUUCCGAAGCCCAGAUAUCCGACACCCAAAAUGCGCAGCUAAAUCAUCUAUCGGGUCCGAGACUCUAUGCGUUACUUGCCUGCCUUUAUCUUGGUGUCUUCUGUAUGGCUAUAGACAAAACUAUGCUUGCCCCAGCUUUAGGGGCUAUCACAACCGAAUUUGGAACAGUCAAGGACGUCGGCUGGUACACUUCUUCAUACUUGUUAGCGACGUCAUCGGUUCAGUGUUUGUAUGGCACUAUAUACAAAAGUUUUGACAUUAAAUGGCUUUACAUGCAAUCCCUUCUUGUUUUUGAGGUUGGAAGUCUAGUGGCAGCAUUGUCGCCGACCAAUAGCGUCUUGACCUUGGGCCGAGCUCUAAGCGGAAUAGGCGACGCAGGUAUGGCAUCUGGGACGUAUGUGAUUAUGUCGCAAACGCUGCCACUGCACAAGAGAGCCACCUGCCUCGGUUUAGUAGGUGCCGUCUGGGGAGUAGCGAGUGUUAUGGGACCAAUACUUGGCGGCACCUUUGCUGAACAUGUUACUUGGCGCUGGUGCUUCUGGAUUAACCUUCCCAUCGGGAGUAUCGCCUUCCUGCUUGUAGGCUUCUUUUUCAAAGGGCCCAAAAAGCGUGAUGUCGACAACAAAGAACCGAGUUUUGUUUCACGUAUCCUCAAACUGGAUCUUAUAGGUACCUCUGCGCUUGUACCAGCCGUGGUAAUGCUGUUGCUUGCGGUCCAAUGGGGUGGCACUGAGUUUCCAUGGAAAUCAGCCACCAUCAUAGGCCUUUUCUGUGGUUCUGGGGUUCUCUUCCUCGUUUUUGGCGCGACUCAAUGUCGUGCUCAGGACGAAGGUUUGCUGCCGCUGCAGUUCUUCAAAAACCGUGACGUCGGUUGUGCCCUGGUGUACAGCUUUUUCUUCGGGGCUAGCUACUUUUCAAUAAUCUCCUACAUGUCCCUCUUUUUCCAGGCUAUCCAGAGCACCUCUGCCGUUCAAGCAGGUCUGAGGCUCUUACCUUUAUCAAUCUCGGCAGUUCUCAGCUCUAUCCUCAGUGGAUUUUUAAUUAGCGCUUUGCGUAACUACAACGCUAUUAUCAUCAUUGAAUCUUCGCUUUUUUGCGUUGGCGCCGGCCUGAUCACGACAUACUCGUCCACCACGCCUAUGAGCCGCUGGUUUGGCUUCGAAGUUGUCAUGGGCUUGGGUGUAGGUCUUGGUUUCCAAGCUGGGCUGGUAGUAAUUCAAAACGUCUUGCCGCCAGCCUUAAUCUCCCAGGCCAACUCGAAUGUUCAAUUUUUUAGCACUCUCGGUGGUUCCAUAGGCACCGCAGCUGCUCAGGCACUUUUCCAAAACGGUCUGACGGAGGCCCUGGCACGUAAUGCCCCCCAAGUAUCUGCCGCCGCUGUCAUCAACACUGGAGCGUCCCAGUUGAAAGAUACACUUGAAGGCUUGCGUCUCUCGUCUACCGUAAUAGAAGCAGCGAUUGAUGCUUAUAUGUCCGGUCUAAGGCAUGCUUAUUACUGGAGUACUGCAAUGGCCAUUUGCCUGUUCCUAACCGCGCUCGGGAUACCAUGGAGACGCCUAUCAAAAACAUCUCAUUCUGAGACUAAGUCUUGA